AUGCCUGAAUACUUCCACUGUCGUACCUGCGGAACUCAAGUUGCACUCGUUCAGGAUUACGAUCACUCUGUAGACGACUUAGUGAAUGCAAAGUUCUUCACUGAAGUGCUUAAUGUUGAAGUAACAGAGGAUGAGCGAUAUCAUCCAGUAACAGAUGGCAUGAACCUAGCCGAGACUUACUGUGUCCAAUGUAAAACCCUGCUCGGGUGGAAACUUAUUGCAGCCUCCCAACCGUCUAGGAGUCAUAGAGUAGGAGGAUUCUAUAUGAUAUUGAAGGAGCUUAGUUUCUGGAACGAUGAAACGUUACCUAAUUUUCCCUUUGGAGGCGAUAAUGAACAGGUUCCUAAUGAUCAAGAUGGAGGUACAGAUGAAGAACAGAAUACUGAUCAAGAUGGAGGUACAGAUGAAGAACAAAAUAUUGAUCAGGAUGGAGGUACAGAUGAAGAACAAAAUACUGAUCAAGAUAGAGGUACAGAUGAAGAACAGAAUACUGAUCAAGAUGGAGGUACAGAUGAAGAACAAAAUACUGAUCAAGAUGGAGGUACAGAUGAAGAACAAAAUACUGAUCAAGAUGGAGAUACAGAUGAAGAACAGAAUCAUGAUCAAGAUGGAGGCGCUAAUGAGAAAAAUGUUGAUCAAGAUGGAGGCGCUAAUGAGCAAAAUGUUGAACAAGAUGGAGGCGCUAAUGGGCAAAAUGUUGAUCAAGAUGGAGGCGCUAAUGAGCAAAAUGUUGAUCAAGAUGGAGGUGCUAAUGAGCAAAAUGUUGAUCAAGAGGGAGGCGCUAAUGAACAGAAUCAUGAUCAAGAUGGAGGCGCUAAUGAGGAAAAUGCAGAUCAAGAUAGAGAUGCAAAUGAGAAAAAUGCUGUUCAAGAUGGAGACGCUACUGAUCAAGAUGGAGACGAUACCGACCAAGAUGGAGACACAACUGAUCAAGAUGGAAAUGCUAAUGGGCAAAAUGCUGAUCAAGAUGCAGCACUAAUGACUAUAUCCACUGUCAUAGGUGCAGCACUAGAGUUUAAUGUUGAUGUAGCAGAGGACGUACCUCAAGUAGUAUAUGGCAAUACCAUAGCCAAGACUUGCUGUGUCCAUUGUAGAAACAUGCUCGGGUGGAAACUUAUUGCAGUCUCCCAACUGUUUAGGAAUUUCAGAGAAGGAUUCUAUACGAGAUUGGAUGAGCUUACUUACUGGAACGAUGUAACGUUGCUUGAUUUUCUCUCUGAAGGCGAUAAUGAUCAAGAUGGAGGCGCUAAUGAGGAAAAUGCUGAUCAAGAUGGAGAUGCUAAUGAUCAAGAUUUAGAUAUCGCUGAGGGAAUGGGCAAUAUUGAUCUAAAUGCAAACAUUUGA